AUGUGGCCAUUUUGGGGACUGGACUUGAACCAUGUCCGCUGUGACCUGCUCUUCACAGAAGCCAUCAAUCAAAGGAUGCAGGUUCCCAACAGGCUGAAGGUAGCAGAUAGCUUCAGCCCUGUGGAUGAGGAGCCAGUGACAGAAGAUGUCCCUCCUUCCUUUCGGAUGCACAUCCCUGAUAGGAUUUCUCUUGCAGGUAAUCCAUCUACAUCUCUUACAGCUGUCCUGCUGCUCACACCUAGGAAGAUCCCCUCUGUCCUGGUGCAUGUGUCCCCGGACUCAUCUGUGCAGCCCACUCACCUUGGGGAGCUCCCUUUCCUGCACGUGGCCAGCAGAUCAAGCUCCCAGAAACGCAAACGAUCGGGCCAUCACAGCAGCAGGUCACGGCGGGAGAGGACUCCAAAUGACUGUGCCCAGCUGGCCCUGCACAGCCUGGGCCAGCACCAUGAGCGGCCGGACGCGUGCCCCCUGCCCGCGCGCAGUGCCCCACUCCCCCUCUUCGCGGAGACGGGCAGGAUCUACUCCAUGCAGAACAUCUUCCAGACCAUGUAUCACCUAGGCCAGGUGCUCUUCCACCGUGUCCAGAACUCUCUGCAAGACCCAGUGUCAUCCAGCUCCCAGGAGGUUGGCCCAGCCCCAGAAUGUGCCUUGGAGGAGGUUGAGGUGGCUGAGAUGGCAGCAAUGAGAAAACAGUUGACAAGGAUCUCGGGGAGGCUCCGUGUGCUAGAGGAGCAGUGCAACGCCUGGCGUCAGAAGGAGGUCAUGGUCUACUCCGUGCUGAUCUCCGCCUGCCUCAUCAACACAUGGCUCUGGCUGAGAAGAUGA